AGAAUGAAGGAUGAGAAGAAGGAUGAGAAGAAGAAGGAUGAGAAGAAGGAACAGUUCAUCGAUUUGAAACAGCUGUAUGGAGUGAAUGUCCCAGAACUGUCAGAAAUAGGACUAUUUCUGACAGUUCUGGGACAAUCACUCCAUACAGCUGUUUGAAACCGCUGUAUGGAGGGAAUGUCAUGGAACUGUCAGAAAUAGGACUAUUAAUGACAGUUCUGGGACUGUCCUUCCAUGCAGCGGUUGGAAACAUUGUAUGUAUUUGUUUCCAUAAAUGGAUCCAUUUAUGGAAACAAAUAGAUACAAUGUUUCAACCGCUGUAUGGAAGGACAGUCCCCAGA